CCUAUCCCCUUUCACGUGCUACAAUUUCCGCACGCCAUGCCUCCCAAAACCGCGCCCGCGAAUGCGUCCACACCUGCCGGCAACUCCACCGCUCUCACGCCGGCCGCCGUCUCCGUCGCUAGCGCCAAGACCCACAUCCCGGUCGUCCUCAACCUGCAGGCUGCCAACUACACCAAGUGGCGCACCUUCUUCACCGCCCUCGCCGGCAAGUUCGGUCUCAUCCCUCACAUCACCGAGGAUGCCCACGUGCCCGGCAACGAUCCGGUUUGGGCCAUGGACGACUUCACCGUCCUCACGUGGAUGUACAACACCAUCGACGAAGGCGUCCUGGAGAUCAUCAUGGAGCCCGAACAAUCCGCGCUGGAACUCUGGACCGCCGCGGAGUCUCUGUUCCGCGACAACCUGGAGUCGCAGGCGUUCUUCCUCGAGUCUGCCUUCCGUGCCCUCAACCAGGAUAGCCGCCCCGUUGCCGAUUUCCUGCGGGACAUCAAGACGCAUGCCGACGCACUGCGCGACGUCGCCAGCCCCGUCUCCGACAAGACCAUGGUGAUGAACACGCUGAACGGCCUCCACGAAGACCUCUCUCACAUGGCGGCUAUCAUCAACUCGAAGACGCCGUUCCCGUCAUUCAUCAAGGCGCGCUCCAUGCUUGUCCUCGAGGAGCAGCGCCUCCAGCAGGAGCGCAGGCGCUCCCACGCAGCUGCUCUGUACUCUUCCUCCGGCCAAAGCUCGCGAGGUGGCUCCAGCGGUUCCGGCGAACACACCGGCGGAGUCCCGACCUCCGCCGCCCACGGUGGUACUGGUGGCCACGUAUCCUUCCCUGCCAGCGGCUACGGUAGGUGCUCCAGCGCCGGCGGCGGCAAGGAGAAGCAGAAGCCUGGUCCUCCCGAUCGUGUUCUAGCACCGGCCCACCAGGCCGUUAUCCACCCAUCUCCAGUUCCCCAGCCUGGCUACUGGAUUUGGGCAGGGCCGUCUCCUACUGGCCCACACAGAUGGUGCACGCCGCCGGCGCAGUAUAACGGCCUGCUAGGCCCACGUUCCCAGGCCUACGUGCCGACGAUGGCAACAUCUCCACAAGCAUAUCAUACGAUGAUGGCACCAGUGUCUGUGUCGACACCGCCCGCUGCUCCGACGUGGGACUACUCCGGCAUUGUCCACGCCAUGACUGCCAUGCACCUGCAGUCGCCCAAUUUCAACGGAUGGGUGCUGGACCCUGGCUCUACCUCGAACAUGUUGGCUGAUUACGGCCCCCCACACCCGGAUAGAGAGUCUUCGCAGCAAUAGUGAUGGUGAUCUCUACACUUUUGAUCCAUCCACACCUUUGGCGUCUCCAUCCAGUCCUUUGGUGACUUCCUCCUCGUAACUGUUGGCUUUGACGCUUCAGCCACCCUCACGUCAUCUCUUAUUUCAUGUAAUAAGCAUCCCCUACAGGUCAUGCAUGUCAAUUGGGAAAGCGCACACGUUUACCUUUCUCUCUUUUUCUACCAAUCUUACUACCACUUAUUCUUUUCUUUGUGAUGUGUGGACGUCUCCAGUUGUUAGUAUUUCAAGCUUUAAAUAUUAUCU